UUAAUAAAUUGGGCUGCCAGCACGUCGUUGAUUUCUCCAACCUGCAUAGUUCUUAUAUUUAUUCAAGACGCAGUACACCAUCGUGUAAGACUUCCAUUCGUAAACAUACGUACAAACAAAUGAAGCCAACUCCCUCAGCUUCCUCCCCUCUUCUACGGAAGGCUCGUCUCUCUCCCUACCUUUUCACCUUACUAUCUUUCAUUGUUUUGGUCGCCGUUCUCUACGGCGAGGACUUCAUUUGCCUUUUCAGCCAACCAAUCCAACUCGCGCUGCCUCCGACCAGGACCAACCUGCCCCCCCGAACCGAGAAGAAGUGGGAGAAGUUGCCGUUCGCAAUAGGAAAGACCGAGGAAGGAUGUGACGUGUUCAGCGGGAGGUGGGUUCGGGACGAGUCGAAUCGGCCUCAUUACCAAGAAUCGGACUGUCCGUAUAUACAACCACAGUUGACCUGCCAGGAACACGGACGACCCGAGAAGGAUUAUCAGUUUUGGAGAUGGCAGCCCCACGAUUGCUCUCUUCCCAGUUUCAAUGCCACAUUGAUGCUCGAGACACUCCGAGGAAAGAGGAUGAUGUUUGUUGGGGAUUCCCUCAACCGGGGUCAAUAUGUUUCAUUUGUUUGUCUUCUCCAUUCAAUUAUAGCCGAGGAUGCCAAAUCCAUGGAAACUUUUGAUUCACUCACCGUUUUCACAGCCAAGGAAUACAAUGCCACGAUCGAGUUCUAUUGGGCACCAUUUCUUCUAGAAUCAAACGCAGACAAUGCUGUUGUUCAUAAAAUAUCUGAUAGGAUUGUUAGGAAAGGUUCAAUCAAUAAGCAUGGCCGACAUUGGAAAGGUGUUGAUAUAUUAGUAUUCAAUACCUAUCUUUGGUGGAUGACUGGCUUGAAGAUGAAGAUAUUACUGGGAUCUUUCGAUGAUGACAUGAAAGAAAUUAUUGAGUUGUCAACUGAGGAUGCUUAUCGAAUGGCAAUGAAAAGUAUGUUGAGAUGGGUGCAGAAGAACAUGGACCCUAAGAAGACAAGGGUCUUCUUCACUAGCAUGUCGCCUUCUCAUGCAAAGAGUAUAGACUGGGGAGGUGAACCAGGCCACAACUGUUACAAUGAGACAACACUGAUUGAUCAAGAUCAAAAUUAUUGGAGUUCAGAUUGCCAAAAAAGCAUAAUGCAUGUGAUUGGAGAAGUAUUUGAUAAAGCGAAGUUUCCCAUUACAUUUCUCAAUAUUACCCAACUCUCAGGUUAUCGGAAAGACGCCCACACUUCAAUCUACAAGAAGCAAUGGAACCCAUUGACUCCUGAACAGUUAGCAAACCCUGUUAGUUAUGCAGAUUGUGUGCAUUGGUGUUUGCCUGGCCUUCAAGACACUUGGAAUGACCUUCUUUUUGCCAAGUUAUUCUAUCCUUAACCAUGCAUGCAUGCAUGUACAGAUCAUGCGAUGGAAUUUGAUCUUGAUCCAAAUCCUAAUUUCUUUCUUUCGGAUCGGAUGAACUAGCCAGCCAGCUAGCUGCAUGAUGUGGACGAUCGAGAGCUUGCACGCAAGUGGCAUUAAUUGAACUCAUUUCAUUUGAAGCAGUAGUACUGUCUAUUAACAUAGACUCUACUGAUGCCUCAACAAACACCACUGCAGAGAAAUCAAGUGUAACAACCAUCACUGCAGAGAAAUCAAGUACUACUGCAGAGGCACCGUAGACAUCUUUCUUUCUGUUUUUUACCUCAAGUUGUAACCACUUUUUAUUCUUUUCGGACUCUCUAGAAGUGUGUAACAACUAUAUAAAUCUGCUACACUAGUACAGUAAAUACACAAGGGAGAAAUGAAUUCCAGAAA